AUGCGAUUUCAGAAGUAUCUGAAGAGGAAUAUGCAUAUGCCUUAUAGAUACAACUAUCUUGACUAUGAGUACCUAAGAAAUAUACUACGAAGAGAAGUAUUUACUGCUGAAGACCAAGGAGAAUUUGAAGAAGAAUUUGAAGCGAACAUUCAAAGAGUGUUUGGCUUUGUAGAUUCCAAGCAACUAGAGCUUUCUAGAAAGUUACAGACACUUGAGAAGAAGACUGGUGAUGCCUCAAGAAAAGGAAUAAAAGAGGUAACAGAAGAAAUGCACCGAUUCGCAGAGUUUAUAAGGAUAAACACCAUAGGAUUUAAGAAGCUGCUUAAAAGACACGAUAAGAACAGUGACAAAAAGAUGUUUGUAUCAUACAAAGAAUUUCUGCAUGGGAAGCGCACGUCUGUUAAGGAUCUUGAUGCACUGAUAUAUAAGGUAAGCAAGAUUUCAUUGAAGAAUAAAGAGCUUAAAAUAAAGAAGAACGAGAGUGGGAGUGAAUUUAUCAGAAGAACAGACAAGUACUGGGUUCACAAGGAAAAUGUGAUUCCAUUGAAGUUCUAUAUUACACAACAUCUUCCGAUCUAUGUGUUUGAUGGUAAAGAUGAAGAUAGUCCGUAUAGCUCAUGGAACAAGGAGACACAUGAUGCAUGUGUGUCAUCGGUAUAUUUUGACAAUACAACAUUUGAUCUGUAUCAAGAAAGAUUACAAAAGCUCCAUCAUUCAGAAGCGAUAAGGAUAAGAUGGUAUACAUCCAAAGAACCUGAAGUUGUGUUUAUAGAAAGGAAAAAGCAUGAAGAUGGAUGGACAGGAGAGACCAGCAAGAAAUUGAGGUUCAUGAUGAGUGAGAGGCAUGUACUUGAUUUUAUCAAUGGCAAAGAUGUAUGGGAAGAUGUGCGCCAACUGAACAAAGGCGAAGAUGUAAGGACGCUAUAUGAGGAGAUUCAGUCUUCGAUUGUUGAGAAAAAGCUUAGGCCUGUGGUUAGGACAUUUUAUAGGAGAAAUGCAUUUCAGCUUCCAACGGAUUCAAGUGUUAGAAUAAGUCUAGACAGUGAUCUUUGCAUGAUAAAGGAGUGCAGUGAUGCAGACAUUGCAGAUCCGUCGUUUCCUAUAAGAAGAUGGAAGAGAAGUGAUGUGAACUGUGAAUUUCCAUUCAGAGGGCUACCUAGGGAUGAGAUCGUUCGCUUUCCUCAUGCAAUACUGGAAGUGAAAACACAAAACUUCGAUGAUACAAAGCCAGAGUGGAUUGAGGAGCUCAUAAAUGGUCCCUUGGUUGAGCAUGUUCACAAGUUUUCCAAGUAUCUGCAUGGAUGUGCAGUUCUCUAUCCAUUCAUCCAAGACAUUCCUUAUUGGUUACCACAAGUUAGUGUUGAUAUAAGAAAAGACCCUUUCCAUCCUGAUGGCACGAGGAAGUCGUUUGAAGACACCAUUCUUGUGGAAAUUCCUGCAGAAAGCGAUCCCAGCAAUAGCGACAGACUGAGCCCAAUAGACGUGCAUGGAAAGAGGAUAUCAAUUCCUGUUCGUGUGGAGCCUAAGGUUUUCUUUGCAAAUGAGAGAACCUUUUUAUCUUGGGUUCAAUUUGCCAUCUUUCUUGGGGGUAUAGGCAGUGCGCUGCUUGGGCUUGGAGAUGAGAAUGCCAGUGUGUUUGGAUUGAUUUUGAUAGUUGUUGCGAUAAUAUUCUCGUUUUAUUCCUUAUACUUAUACUUAUGGAGAGCAAAUAUGAUAAGAAAACGAGAUCCUGGGCCAUAUGAUGACAUAUACGGGCCUGCAGUUCUUGUGUGUGUAUUUCUUGUUGCAAUGGCACUUUCUGUCUUCUUCAAGUUUCCACUAAAAAGGUUCUGA